AUGGCUACCGGUUCAAAGGUUCAUCUUGAGGCUUUGCAGAAGCCCCAGUUCUACGUCCAAGGACUUAAGGCUGAGAGCGCAGAAAAGGCGAGCCAGCUUUUGCAAGUCAACCACGAGAAGCAUCAUAUCUUCUUCAAUCAGAGCGGGUUCCAUAACCACAUCGCCCAUCAUCUCCUCACUCUGUUCGCGCUCAACGCUUCGCCAGAAGAACUCCAAAAGGCAUACGACGCAAAUGUAUCCUAUCAACGCCCAUCAGAACCGCUCGAAAAGGCCAUCGUCAGUGACAUGCAUGAGCCCGAGCGCUUCAAGUCCUACCUCGGGCAAGAAAAAUACUACCACGACUUCCUUGUCUACUUCCAACAAGAGAUAGACAAGAGCGGGUGGCAGCGCGUACUGCAGGAGCAUCUGUUUGCUGAAACUGAACUUGCAGAUGAUAUGCUGGCGCGCAUGUUUGCUGGGUUUCUGCAUCCCAUCAUACAUCUUGGAUUUGGCAUCGAGUUCCAGCAGCCCGCCAUUAUUGCGGAGGCGCUAGCGCAGGCCGCCGUACACGAUAACUGGAUAGCAUCGCUGUUCUUUGGGUGCGAAAAGGCUGCUAAAGAAAGCAGAAGCAAGGAUGGACCGAGGAAGACAAUUGUGCAGAUACUGGAGGAAUGCAAGAAAGACGACAAGUUGAGCAAGGCCGCGCACUGGGACGAUGGAAACAAGGUCCGAGAUGGAAUCAUCAAAAGAGCGCCUGAGGAGAUGAUCAAGUAUGCGACGCAGUAUACCGUCAAAGAAGAAGAACUAGAGGAAAAGACAGCUGAGAUGAUCAACGCCGUUGAAUGGAAGAUUUGGAUGGAUAUCGCAAUGUACGUUUCGCGCGGCUGUCCAACUCUCCUCGUGGAUGAGAUUACCGGCUACGCGCCCACGAAGGAUAGCGGUAUGGACGAAGUUAUCAAGAGGGUGAAUGAUGUGGAGGAUGAUGGACAUGCCUGUAAGCUUGUGAGGGCGAUUGCAAAUGCCGAGGCGGUCUGCAAGAAGUGGGAGGGGAGAGAAGGAAUGUUGGUUCAAGGGGAUAUGUGGAGGAAGUUGGGGCAUAUGGCUGUGGAUAGUGUGGAGGCGGGUGAGCCGCAUUGGGUGAGGAGUUGUGGAUUUGCGGAAGCUUGGGAGAAGAUUCCGUUGAGAGACGGGGCUAAGUUGUGA